CGAAAUCACAUGACGUACUGUCUUUACAGGAAGUACCAAUCUAACAGGUGAUUGUUGAUAUUCAUUUGAAGUGAUAAACAACGGAAUAUUACCUAUUUUAAAACUUGAUGGCAUUGUUACUGUGCUGACUGACACAUGGGUCAUGUGACCUAGAAUGGAUGAAGGUGAAUUGAAAAAUGACAGUGAAGUAACUAACCAUGUUGAAGUGAAGAGGGAGGGGGAUAAUGUCAAUUAUGGAAACAUCAACUUAAGUGAAGUGAUAGGAAAAAUAUCUGGUUAUGUAAAACAAAGGAAACACAAUGAGGCCUUAGCUGAAUGCAAUAAAGGUUUAGCUUUGGAGCCUCAUCAUGAGAAACUUUUGGAGAAAAAGAUUAAAAUAUUAUGCAAUUUGGGCCAGUUAAAUGAAGCCUAUACUCUGGCUUUACACUGGAAUAAGAGACAGCCUCAGCAUCCUGUUGCCAACAAAGAACUAAAAAGGCUACAAGAUGUUUUGGCAUCUCUGCAAGACCAGGAUUCUGAGGAAGAACCAUCUGUUAAUUCCUCUAAACAAGAUGAAAACCAUAAUGCACAUGAUGUUUCCCCUUCUCCCUCCAAAAAUAAUCGAAAUGUAGGCGAUGUGAAAGAAGACAAGUUACAAACAAACUCCAAAAAGUCAACUUUGGUGACUUCAAAUGCAAAUCUGUCAACCAUUAAUCAACAUAAAAGUAACGGUACUUCUAAUGGAUAUGAAUGUACAUUUUGUGAUAUAAAAUUCAAGAAAAAAGGAGAACUUGAGACUCAUUGUCGAAGUGAUCUGCAUAAAAAACGCCUAACAUCAGAUGAAGGACAAGACUGGCAGUUUAGGCCUCCACCACGUGGACUAUCAAGUGAAGAGUAUUGUCUCUGUCAGAGAUUCUCUGAGAAUGGGAGAUGUACUUUUGGAGAAAAAUGUACUGAAGCUCAUUCUGAAGAAGAGUUGAAUGAAUGGAAAGAAAGAUUUAAGUAUCGUAGAGAACAACUGCAAAAAGCCAGAGAAAAACUUCUACAUGGAAACUCAUACACAGAGAAGUUAAUGGAAAGAUUGAUGUUAUCAGAAAAUCCUUCUGCUAUUCUAGUUCAAUCUAUGGAUUUUGUUAAACUGCACAUUAACUCAGAUUUAAAAGUUAACAUGGUAAAUAAACGCUGUACAAAUGCUUGGACAUUUACUGUUACCAGUAAGAUGUGCUUACAUAAUGUAUGCCUUUUAGAUGAUGUAAAUAAAUCAUAUUUCUGCAUUUCAUCCAUAUCUGUUGGCCCGAAAAAAACUCAAAAAUAUCAGAAUUUAGAGAACAAUUGUCAGGAAUGGACUAAUCAGGAUGUUAGUGUAAAGGCUCACGGAGAAUGUGUAUAUAGAAUCAAGGUGGUCUUUAAAACUGAUAUAUUUGGUACAUUCCGACAGUCAAUAGUGUUUGAUUUUGGAUUGGAAACUGUAUUACGUCGUGAAAUGGAAGUUGACUCAGCCCCUGUGCUGGAUACAGGAAAAUUGACUAAUGAUCUCUUGAUAGUGGAAGCAGCAAGAUGGACAGAAGAAAAAGUUCAAAUUGUUGCUUAUCAACCUAAACUGCAGCAUCAUAGUGCUACAGAGAAAGACUUGCUGGCCAAGUAUACAUUACCACGCGCUGAGAAAUAUUCAACCAUUAUGCAGACAUUGUCCAAGGAAAAUUACCGUCUGUGGAUGCAUGAGAUGUUAUAUUUAGAAGAGAUGACACAGUACAGUUUGAUAUCAGGAUUUAAUGUGAAGACAUCAUUACAAUUGGUGAACAGAUUUUUAUUGAUGCCAGGAGCAUUGUCCACAGCCAAAUAUGCUCAUAAUGGAGAAUUGUUUGCCAAGAUGAAGUUAGAAGAUGAUUUGUCUGAAGAUAGUAUAGGAGGAAGAUUAAUAUUACAGAAUGCUCAAAUAGCUUGGAUAGCUUUAUGUAAAUCAAAUAGUGAUAAGCCACCCAAAAAGGUUUAUGAAGUUGUUAUAGAAGAUAAAGGAAAGAAUUUUAUAUUUUUACGAUUAUCUAAAAAUUGUGUUGAUGAAUUAAAGCUAUCAUGUGAUGAAGAAGUUUGUGUCGUGAUCCAGUUUCAGUUAAACCGAUUACCUAAAGUUGAAAUGCAUGCUGCUGUAGAUAAACUACCAACUUUAGAUAUUGUCUUUCCUAACUUAGACACGCUACAAAACAUACCUUGGUCACCAGAGAGGCAGUGGAAUGAAGAACUGGAUUGUAAAUUAAAUGUAAAACAGAAGGAAGCAAUCUUGGCUAUUACUGCUGACACUGAUAUAAUUCUACCACCAUUACUACUGGUUGGUCCAUUUGGCACAGGUAAAACCUACACACUAGCUCAGGCAGUGAAACAAGUCUUAAAAAAUGAUGGCAGCCGUAUUCUGAUCUGCACACAUUCAAACAGUGCUGCUGAUCUGUACAUUAAAGAUUUUUUCCAUCCAUGUUUUGAAGAAGGUGAUGAAGAUAUUAAACCACUACGUAUAUUAUAUCAAUAUCGUUGGGUACAAACAGUAUCUGAUGUUGUUUUGAAAUAUACCCUAUAUGAUUCAUCUACCGGUAUCUUUAAACAUCCUACAUUAGAAGAUCUGGAAAAACACAGAAUCAUUAUUACAACUUUAAGUACAGCACGAUAUAUAAGUGAUAUCAAUGUAUCUAAAGAAUUUUUCACUCAUAUCUUUAUUGACGAAGCUGCUCAAGCUUUAGAAUGUGAAACGUUGAUUCCAUUAUCUAUGGCCUGUGAAUCAACAAGAAUAGUUUUAGCUGGAGAUCACAUGCAGUUAAGUCCUGAAGUAAGUGCAGAAUUCUGUCGCCAGCAAGGUUUUCAUAUGUCAUUUUUAGAGAGACUUCAUGAGAUGUAUCCACGAGAUCACAGUUGUAAAGUAAUGUUGUGUGAGAAUUACAGAUCUCAUUCUGCCAUUGUUGAUUUUACAUCAGAGUUAUUCUAUGAAAACAAAUUGAUAUCUAGUGGAAAACAGAAGGCACACAGUAAACUUUACCCUUUGACCUUCUAUGCAGCUAAAGGAGAAGAAGUUCAACAUCCAAAUAGUACAGGAUUCUAUAAUACUGCAGAGGUUUAUGAAGUUGUUGAAAGAGUUGAAGAUCUACAAAAAAAGUGGUUGGUUGAUGAAUGGGGACCAUUAGAUGAAGAUGCUAUUAGUGUUGUUACUCCCUACACUGAUCAGGUGAAGAGAAUACGGGCAGAGUUAAGAAGAAAGAAAUUAUUUCGUAUUUCUGUUGAACGAGUACAUAAUGUUCAAGGUAAACAGUAUCGUGCCAUCAUAUUAAGUACAGUAAGAACCCAGAAUACGUGUAGAUCUGACAGUAGGGAAGAAGAUUUUAUAGACUAUGGUUUUCUGUCGAAUGUUAAGUUGUUAAAUACCGCCAUAACACGAGCACAGUCAUUGGUUAUGGUAGUAGGUGAUCCGGUAUCCUUAUGUUUAGUAGGAAAAUGCAGGAAAGUUUGGGAAUAUUUUUUGGAGAUUUGUAAUAAGCAUGGAAGUUUACAUGGUAUGACAUGGACGCAACUUCGAGCUCAGUUGGAAGGGGUGGAGAUGACUAAAACCUAUACUUUAAAUCCACUCGCUCCAGAAUUUAUACCUAAUAGACUGUACCAUAUUACUAGGGCAGCUUCAGAAACAAUAGGAAUGAAUCUCCACAGUCAGGUACCAAUGCCACCAUGGCAACACAUGAGUCCAUAUUCAGUGCCGGGUUAUAAUCCAGCUACUUAUCCGAUGUACCAACAUAUGAUGCCAUAUCCUUAUCAAGGUCAAUACGUACCCAACAUGUACAACCGUGUUAUGUACAAACAACCAUCUCCACCCAGUACUGGUGGUCGUGCAUCACCCAAAACAACUCGUUCACCAUCACAACUAUCUCCAAAUAGUCAGAAAGUUCGUGCUGAACACAAUAAAGAUGGUAUAAAGAAUGUCGAAGGUAAACCAUUUCAUAAACCAGCUAGAAGUCGGAUGAUGGGGUAUGUGCCACCAAGGGUACUAAUGGCUCCUCACUAUAGCCAUUAUUACCCUGUUGUACCCCAUUAUCCAGGAUUUUAUUAUUUACCAGAAGAUCCAAGAGUGGCUGUUUAUCCAAACCAGUAUGUACCACAUAGAUCUAUGCCUCAUUUAAUCCACCAUCCUGGCAGUGAACGUAUGUAUCCUCAACCACUUAUAGGUCCUAAUGUUGCUCAUAAAAAUAACAAAUCUGAUACUGAAUCAGACAAUUCUGAUGCCAGAGUAUCACCUAGUACAAAUUCGGGCCAGCAAAUCCAACUUUUGCCAAAUGUAAAACAUAUCCCAGGACAUCUGUUCACUUGCGGACCUCAAUCUACUAAAGGUGAUGCGUCGGAAAAUAAUAAUCUAGAGAGAGCAAACAAAGGACAAAAACAGCAGAAAGAAGAACGAAGGUUAAAUGUUUCGGAUAGACCAUACAGUCCUGCCAACUAUGGAAUGGAUCGUUCUUCUACUCCAGGUCUUGAGGAAUUGAAUACUGACCUGCCUCCAAAACCAAGUCCUUUUUCCAACAAUCAAGGUCCAUUUAGCCAACGUAAGUUUCACAAAAGUCCUGGAUCUGAUAAGCAGUUUGCAGAAAAACAAGAAACCUUGAAGAACAGAAGAAGUGGUAAAGCUCUGCAUUUACGUACAGGAUUUAGUACACAAUUUGAUGAUGAUCUACCCACUCCUACGGAAGUAAAAGAUAUUGUUCAAAUGCUAGAAGACUUUCAUGAAGAAAAAUCACCAUGUCCCUUGCCUAUUGUUUCAGCUUCAAAAGAGAUCAAAACACAAACUAAGACAUCAAAAGAAAAGGGUGCAGCAGCUAGUUCCACUCCACCGCUUAAAUUUCAGUUAAAUUUCACACCACCGAAUAAUGGAGAAGUACAAUCCUCAAAUAAUGGAGGCAAAUUGUCAUAUGCUGGAGUUUUAAGAAAACAACCAUCAAAUUCACUCUCUCCACAGCCGAAUGCUGAUCCUCUAAGUGGUAUAGAACCUCAGACACCAAGAACACCAUCAGGAUUCAUCACUCCUGGCGGGGAUAUGAAUAUAGAUCCAUUUGGAAUUCUCAAGAGUUUGAAUAUUGAACCUGCCCCACGACAUAGAAGUUUUCAACAUUUUUAGUUUAUAUCUCCAUUUUCUUUAGAAUGAAAUCUCAAAUUAGUUUAGAAUUUAUUAACUUAAGUAAUAUGUUAAGCAUUUUUUGAUUUUCUGCAUUUAUCAUUCUCAAAACUACAAAUGUAUUUGACUUUGUGGAUGGGGUGGGGGGUGGGGGGCAGGGGGUGGAGAUAUACAUCAGUCUGAUUAAAAUACAACUUGUAAUAUAUUACUGUUUGUUGACGUAUUUUAUAUUUUUGAUAGGCUUUUAGUAAGGGAUUGUUAAUGCAAGUGACAGCUAUUUGGAAAAAAUUAUUUGAUUUGUAUUUAAAUCAGAUUGUUAAAUUAAAUUAGAACAAAUAUAAAAAUGGAACAUUUCUGUAGUUCCAAGAUUUGUAUAAUUGAACCUGCUUUUGCAUAUAUCCACAAAAUAUAGCCCCAUAAAACAAUUUUUUAUUCUGUAGUCCUAUCCAAAAUUGUCAGCUUCAUGACUUCAGUAUUUGGACUGUUAGAAGGGUACGUAAUAUGGAAAAAUACUAGAAUAAUUUGGACUAUUUUUUACUGAUGUUUGGCAUAGCUACUAAUUUUCAUCAUUUGGAAACUUUGAAAGUCAUUUGAAUUUGUAUAGGUACAGAAAAAGAUAGAAGAAGAAUGUUUUUUUUUCUGAUUUAAAUGCUACUGAAUUGUUUGUUAGAUGUAUAUGUAGAGUAGCAGAUUAUUACAUAUAUAUAUUACAUGUAUAUAUAUAUAUAUAUACUACAUAUAUGCAUGUAACUUUUAUUAUAGCAUGGAAUAACAACUGAUCAUAAUAAUUUCUUGUCGGCAAUUAUAUGUUCUUUUGUAAACUAAAACUCAAAGUUCAAUAUUUAUCUAUUAAAUCAAGCUUGUAGGUGUAUAAUUGCUUUUUGGCAUGUAAUGUUUAGCUUUUUAUGCGAUAUACACCUAACUUUCAUUUAUGUUUUAUACCAUUACUCUGCUUGUGUAGCUAGUUAAUAACCUUCUCUACAGUCUAUACUGUAUAACAUGAAUCUGAUUGCGGCAUGAAAUUACUAUUGAACAUUUCUCAAAGUCACAGCAAAAUAUGUCCCAGCUGGAUAUUGUUAACAUGUAAUAACGUAAAUAUGAUGCUGGGAAGACAUUGGUAAGUAAAUGAUGGACAUUUACUGGCUUACAUUAAUUUCAUAAUGAAUCUUAUCCAUCACAUAUGUUUUUCAUUAAUUUCAUGGCACAAUAAUUUCAUGUUGUACAGUAAAAGAUAUUCAUUUUACUUGUAACGGUUGAUGGGUAUAGAUGGAAUGGAUAUUGAAAACAUUUAUUACCUAUCUUCUAUUGAGAUAUUUAAUAUUAUUUGUUGUCAGUAUCGAGUUUUUUCUCUUUGGCUAAAUGUUGUUCAUUUUUUGUCUAUUGUUUUUCAAUUAAUAAGGAAUGUAUGAUAGAAAGUCAUAUCUAUUAUUCGAACCAAUCAUAAGUUCCUGAACCAAUCAAUUCUAUGAGGUCCCUAAUUCAGUAUAUUUAAUAGUUGUCUGUUUAAAAUGAAACAGGUCAUCUUGAUAUGAUAAAAAGACAAAUAGAAUAUUUGAUUCAGUCCUAACAUUUAAAAUGAAUUGUGUGGUUAUUGUUGACAGAACUUUUCCAUUUUGUUAUGUAUUCUAAUUUAGAAGUGCUAUAUCAUAUUUUAGUGUUGUUAUUUGUAAGCUAUUGUUUAUUAGUAUAUAGAGGUUAUCAAGUGGAUGGGCAUGUAAUAUUUUAUGAUGUAUUUCAGUCAUUUACUGUUACUUCUAAUAUAUUAAGGAAUCAAGUAAUUUUAUUUAUAUACUGACUACUAAAUCAAUUAUGAUAAUUUUUGAAUAUAAAUAAACACAAUUUUUUUUUUCAAUUUUAUUUAUGGUACUUAAAUAGUUAUCAUUUUCUUUUUUACAUCUACUCACUAAUGGCUGUACCUAUCCUAUUGAUAAAAAUUCCUUAAUAUGUAUAUAUUCAUUUUAAAAAAAAAGACAAAAAUAAAUGAUGAGCUCAAAAAGGUAGGAAAAGAGCAGAAAUUUUGUUAAUUUUGCUAGUCAUUAUCAUUAAAGAUAAAAAAAUAAAUUACAUUAAUAGGUUGUUUUAUUCAAAGUGUUCAAUUAUAAGUUAGUUCUUUUGACAAUGAAACCAAUUCUACAAUAAAUAUCACUGAUGGUUUUUCUUUAAUAUCUCCAUUUAUUUUAAAAAUCUUGUUUUUGUCUGUCUAGCUUUCAGUGCAUUUCGUUCACUUUAUUUAACAAAAUUUCUGCUCAAUUUUCCAAAAAACCAUUCCCAGUAGAGUUGUCACAUCAGUUAAAAAUUCAUUGUGUGAUUAUAGUUUGAGACUUAAUAUUUUCCGUAGGCCUACAUAUUUUAUUAGUGUUGUAAAAGAUAUGCAUUGCAUAAUUGAUAAAAACUUUACAUGUGCUUUUUGAAAUAUUUACCUGAAAAAUUCACUGUUCACAUAUAUUUGAAAACAUAAACAUAUAUAUUUAUAAUUCAUAUAUAAAAGAUGUAAAAUGGAAUGUUUUGUCACAGUUAAAGAUGACUUGUAUAUUCAUAACAAAGAACUAAUUUGUUCAUACUUAUAUUUGGGAUGUUAUUUGAAUCCAUUUUAUAUAUAUAGUUAAAAUGUAAUGUAAGUCAUUAUUUAGAAGACUUGCAUACAUAUAUGUAGAGAAUAUUUUUGAAGGGCUAUAUGGUUUAGGUUUUAUGGUGUUUGCCCCUAUGUAUGGCUUCAAACGGUGCGGCAGCCAUUUUUCUUGUUUCUCAACAGAGAGAUAGAGGACAUACAAAAAAUUGACCAGAUUAACUUAUGUACAUGUCUUAAUUUAAAGAAUGAUUUGUUUAUACAAUUUCUCCAUUUACCAAAAUUAAAAUGCAGUGUGAUGCACUGGAAGGUCAAGUCUGGGAAUAAAGGACUUGUCACAGGCGUUGUCAGGCACAGCCCCUCAGGUGGCAGGUCAAUUUGUGUGGCACAGACUUAAAUUUUAUAAGUAUUUUUAAUAUACAUGUAUAUUAUACAUGUCAGGCAUGACAUUUUGUCAGGUAAAACUAAAAUCAUUAUUUCCAAAGCUAUUUAAUUCUUACAUGAAAUUCGUGGAAGAACCUUUAAUGCAGUAUAUGAACUCUGCAUCUAUAUAUCAAUCUUAAGUCAUUCCGUUGAGAUACAAGUAAAAAUGUUAGGAUUGCUGCACCAACUAGUUUAUUACUUCAAAUAAUGGAAUAUAUAUAUAUAUAUAUAUAUAUAUUAGAUUUCUUUUUCAUUUGUUGUAAUUGCUUGCUUCGAGUUUAUUACACAGAUUAAAGUAUAUUGCAAAGA